CUCAGCAGCGGUCUGUGUGUUUCUGUGCUGCGGAAGUUCAGUGAGACUAACACGAGGCUCAGUUUUCCCUCCACUGUCUGUAGCUGUGCCAGCAGAAUAUCAGCUAAACCUCUCGGUGUCACUCCAGUAAAAAGUACAUAUUGUCAUCCAGAAAUUAAAAUAUUCCAGGGCUUUCUGCUGAAAUUCCUCACCACCAACAAAAAGGAUACUUAACUAAGAGCAAUAAUAAACUGCUGAAAGAGGUGAAGCACAAGCCGUCUUGAAGAAUCUCCAGAACACAGAAAUUGGUUGAUACAUUUAACAGACAAACAAAGCAAAGUCCCGACAUGGAGAAAAAUCACCAGCGCAUUCACACAGGAGAGAAACCGUAUCACUGCUCAGACUGUGGGAAGAGUUUUACUCAACAGAGUAAACUCAAAAUACACCAGCGCAUUCACACAGGAGAGAAACCGUAUCACUGCUCAGACUGUGGGAAGAGUUUUAAUCGGCAGAGUAAUCUCAAAAUUCACCAGCGCAUUCACACAGGAGAGAAACCGUAUUGCUGCUCAGACUGUGGGAAGAGUUUUAACCAACAGAGUGCUCUCAAAAGUCACCAGCGCAUUCACACAGGAGAGAAACCACAUCACUGCUCAGACUGUGGGAAGAGAUUUACUACAGAGAGAAAUCUCAAAAAUCACCAGCGCAUUCACACAGGAGACAAACCGUAUCACUGUUCAGAUUGUGGGAAGAGUUUUAUUCAAGAGGGUCAUCUCAAACGACACCAGCACAUUCACACAAGGGAGAAAACAUAUCACUGCUCAGACUGUGGGAAGAGUUUCACUAAACAGAGUGAUCUCAAAAAACACCAGCGCAUUCACACAGGAGGGAAACCAUAUCACUGCUCAGACUGUGGAAAGAGUUUUGCUACAAAGAGAAAUCUCAUAGUACACCAGCGCAUUCACACAGGAGAGAAACCGUAUUACUGCUCAGACUGUGGGAAGAGCUUUAAUCAAAAGAGUGCUCUUAAAGUUCACCAGCGCAUUCACACAGGAGAGAAACCGUAUCACUGCUCAGACUGUGGGAAGAGAUUUACUACAAAGAGUCAUAUCAAACUGCAUCAGCGCUUUCACACAGGAGAGAAACCGCAUCACUGCUCAGACUGUGGGAAGAGUUUUAAUCUACAGAGUACUCUCAAAAUACACCAGCGCAUUCACACAGGAGUGAAACCAUAUCACUGCUCAGACUGUGGGAAGAGUUUUAAUCAACAGAGUCAUCUCAAACGACACCGGCGAAUUCACACAGGAGAGAAACCGUAUUACUGCUCAGACUGUGGGAAGAGUUUUACUGGACAGAGUGAUCUCAAAAUACACCAGCGCAUUCACACAGGAGUGAAACCAUAUCACUGCUCAGACUGUGGGAAGAGUUUUAAUCAACUGAAUUAUCUUAAAAAUCACCAGCGCAUUCACACAGGAGAGAUAACUAUCUCAGAUGUUCCACUGCAAUAAAAAGUGCAAAUUCUAAAUCUUUGACAGCCAAAACACCUUAUUCCACCCAGUAUCUUCACUUUGAGACACAUUCCACCAGAAACAAUCAAGAACUGAAUUUAACAAUGGCUUUUACAGGUUCAGCAAAAAUGAAUCUUAUCUGGGGAUGUUGUUUAAUGUAUUCCAUGAUAUGUUUUUCCCAGACAUGUGUAUGAAUAAAAACAUGUAAAAAAAAAAA